UUCUACUCAAGUUGAACACAUCUUGCUUGCGUCAGUCCACAGACCUGAACUAAAAAGCUGUUGGUUUCUUCACAAAUCAGCAAAUAGAGCGAGUUUUGAAAAGGCUUGCUUUCUCAAGGUUAAUCUGUAGAAUGGAAAUGGCGGUUCUAAUCUGGUCUAUAAAUUAUUGCUGUAAAAGAAAAAAAAAAGUUGCUGCUGAGUGAACAUGGAACUACUAACACCAGUGGCGUGGCUACCAGUGACCUUUCCGAUUCGAAAUCAUCAAAGUCAUGUUAAAUCUUCUGAAGCAAGAGCUUCGUAUUUGGGCAGCUACGACAUCAAAACAUAACAGUGUCGAGUUCUAACUACAAAUCAGAAUGAAAGAUUACACUUUACCAUUGAGAACUGCAUGCCCCGUUCUGAGACCACAUCGUCCAAGAUGGCGGGAUCCGAGGCUGGUGUUCGUAUCAGUAGUUUUUGUGAUUGCCUACUUCUCUCUUUUCGAAGCAUAUAAGUCGAAAAGUAGCUGUGGGCGAUAUUUUCCACCAUCGGAUAUUGAAAAUCUAGUCAAACGUGAUGCGGCCAGCUUAGAUAUUACAAGACUUUACUCUAGGCAUCUAUUGGAAACUACUGAAGUGACAACAUUACCAACACCAGGAAACUACAGCGGCAACGAGACCAAAGAAGACGAAAAGAUACCCCAGUUUCCUGAGGAUCUAUUCUCGGAAACACAGAGAAAACAUGGAGCCGUUGUCCUCCAUGUCUUUGGACUCGUCUACAUGUUCGUUGCCCUGGCCAUUGUCUGCGACGAGUUCUUUGUUCCCGCUCUUGAUGUCAUCACCAUCAAACUGGGCAUAUCCGAGGACGUUGCCGGCGCCACAUUCAUGGCAGCUGGUGGCAGCGCUCCUGAACUCUUCACCAGCGUCAUUGGCGUGUUCAUAUCCUACGACGACGUAGGCAUCGGCACGAUCGUCGGGUCUGCCGUUUUUAACAUUCUUUUCGUCAUAUCGAUGUGUGCCAUUUUCAGCAAGACUGUCCUCAGCCUGACAUGGUGGCCGCUUUUCCGGGAUGUCACAUUUUACUCCAUCAGUUUGAUUGUACUGAUCUUGUGCUUCAAGGAUAACGUCAUCUACUGGUACGAGGCUUUCGUCUUACUUCUCUGCUACGCUGCCUAUGUCACCUUCAUGAAGUUCAACGAGACCGUGGAGAAGGCAGUUCGCAAGCUACUGGACAGGAACAAGUUCACCAGAGUCGGCAGCAAAGACCAUUUGGUACCUAGCAUGAAAAAGCGGCGGGCGAGCACCCCGAUCCUGCACGCAGGCAGCAAGUUUCGUCAUGGUCUACUUCAACUCAUGAUCCAUUCGAUCGAUCCCCUGCACGACGGUAAACUGGACGAAAAAGCGUCUCAACUGCAUGCCAUCGCCUCCCUUCGUGUCCUGCUGGAUGCGGCCAAGGCCAACGGCGGCUACCCCAGCGGCGUACCCGUGCCUCCUGCCGGCGGUUGCUGUGCCUCUUGUUCAUCGUGCCCUCAGUGCGUCACCUGCCCGACGUGCCAGAGGCCGCUGGUGAGGCCCAACGCCCCUCAGUCGCUGGACACGACGAGUCCCCUCAACUCGUACAUCGUGACUGCCAGCGAUUACCCACCCCCUCACUCGCCCCUCCCGGCGAUAGGGGCAGCCGGCGUCUCUGGAGCAAAGCGUCAAGGCCAGCAGGAUCUCAUCACCAACGUCCAGAGUUUACAGUCUUCAACAGUCCUCAACACUCUGGCCAACGGUUCUGCGAGCGAACACGCCGACAGAGAACGGCACGAAGAAACCUCUUUCUGCACCAACACCCGAUCACCCGUGAAGACCACCACCACCUCGCCCGUAAUCAGCACCAUCAUGUCCGAGAGCCCCAACGUCACCAUCAUCCAGCCAGGGGGCGUACAGGCCACUGCCGCGACGGGGGAGGUCCCUCCGGAUCUAGCGGCUCUUCAGGCUAAGCCCGAUGAGAUCGAAGUGGACGAACCGCUGGACAUCUCGUGGCCGAAAGAGACCAAAAAGCGGAUCUCUUACGUUCUCAUGGCGCCCAUCAUCUUCCCAUUGUGGCUCACCCUCCCGGACGUGCGAAGAGACGAGAAGAAGAAAUUCUUUUUCGUCACCUUCCUCGGUAGCAUCAUCUGGAUUGCGAUAUUUUCUUACUUGAUGGUCUGGUGGGCAACAGUUGUUGGGCAGACGAUCGGCAUACCCAAUGAGAUAAUGGGCUUGACGUUCUUAGCUGCAGGCACCAGUAUUCCAGACUUGAUCACGAGUGUUCUCGUGGCAAGGAAAGGGUUCGGAGACAUGGCCGUCUCCAGUUCAAUAGGUAGUAACAUAUUCGACGUCACCGUAGGUUUGCCCACACCUUGGCUCCUCUCUGCACUUAUAUUCGGGCCAGUGAAAGUGAGCAGCACUGGCAUGGCCUGCUCCAUCGUCAUCCUGUUCCUGAUGCUCCUAUUCGUCAUCAUUUCCAUCGCCUGCUUCAAGUGGCAGAUGAACAUCGGACUGGCGCUCGUCAUGUUCCUCUUGUACUUCGCAUUCGUCGCCCUCAGCUUGCUCCUGGAGUACAACAUCAUCGACUGUGAGGCUAUCAUGGCCUAUGUAGGCCAUUAGGUAGUCCUGCUGUCGAUGCCCUUCGACGCCCUUACCAACAACUACCAUCGGCCAAGAAAGCGUGUAAGGACAUGAGCAAUCUACAUUCAACCGAAAGAAGGAUUGCAAUUACUUCUGGCGAUGGUUUUCAAAACAAGUAUUUGACCUGGCGUCUUUCAUGUUCCUCCUGUGUCUUGCCAUCGAUGUUCUGAUACAGACUAAUAUGGCUUUCGUUGACAAAGGAUUUCUAUAACUAACUGCAGGAGGACGACAAGCUACAAGUCUGGUGUUUUUUCAUGUUCCUCCUGUCAUUUGUCAAUGGCACCGUGAGAUUGCUAGCAUAAAAUGGAGCAGGUUGACAGACAGUCAUGACAUUCGUUGACGUGUAGAGUUAAUGACAAACCUUAUACAGACGUCUUUGGUGGAACGUAUCUAGUCUGAAAAAUCAAAGGUGUCAUGACAGUGCAUGCUAUUGAUUUCGUCACCAGAAUCUGAAUUCACACAUGAUAAAUAACUGUGUGAUAGAAAUAGGUAGCUGGUGAAUUCAGUAGAUUUGGGAAUUUCUCUCAACAAAUGUCUCUGAAUAUUACAGCAGCAUUAAAAGAGAGAUAUAAGUCAGAUUACCACAGUAUUAAAGUAUUUAAAGUCGAAUUUUUCGUGUGCAAUUUGAAUAUUUUUGACAGAAAAAAAAAUAUUUUAGAAUUAAAAAUGUGUUUACAAGAUGUAUAUGAAGAUAUUAUUAUGCAUUAUUAAUAACAAAAGAACAAAAACUGAAGUUUUGAAAGCAGAAAUAAUUAUUAAUUAUUCACAUUAAAAUUUAAU